ACUCCAACCCAAUGCCCUAGGAGCCCAUGUAAUCAGAUCGCAACUGCAACCAACACAGAUGUGCCCAUCUCCGUACCUUCUACUGAGGAACUUGUGCCUACCCCUUUCCUCCUGGGCCCCAUGCUGUUGAAGGUGGCUGUGCUGCUCUUGGCUCUGUUCAUGGGGAAGUCUGAUGUCAUCACAAGGCCCAUCUUGUCUCUUCAACCUCCAUGGACCACUGUCUUCAUUUAUGAGAAAGUAUAUUUGACAUGUGGGCAUCUGGAUCUCAUGGGAUUAGGAGACAUCUUAUGGUACAAGGAGGGGAAGAAGUUCCACCAAACCUCUAGAAACACCACUGUGAUCUGGAAAAGUGGACAGUACAGCUGUGGGGGCCAAGAUUCUGCCCUCAGUGACCCUGUGAACAUCACCUUCUGUAAUGACUGGCUGAUCCUCCAGGCUCCUUACUCUGUGUUUGAAGGAGAUGCUGUGAUUUUGCAAUGCAAAGGAUGGAGGAAAGCUGAACUAUCCAAGGUUACAUUUCACAAAUGGAGGAAACCCAUUUACUUCACUAAGGAAAACAAACCGUUGUCCAUCAAAGCAGCAAAUAUAGAGGAUAGAGGCCAGUACAGUUGUAGUGGGUAUAUGAGGAAUGGAAAUAUACAUGAAAACUCUGAACCUGUCAUCCUUCAAGUCCAAGAGCUGUUCCCUCGGCCUGAGCUGAGAAUCAAAAAUUCCACUGAAGCCGUGUCGGGGAGCCUGACGACUUUGAGCUGUGAGACACAACUAACCCCGCAGAGGUCAGCCUCCCGCCUCUAUUUCUCCUUCUAUAAGGAUAAUAGCACCAUAAGAAGCAGAGACCAGUCGCCAGAAUACUGCAUCCCAGCAACCAUAAUGGCAGGUGCUGGCUUUUACUGGUGUGUGGCAGCCACCGAGGAUGGCCAAGUUCAGAAACAGAGCCUCGGGCUGGAAAUUCAAGGCUCCACAACUCUCCCCUCGGUCCCCGUGGGGCACAGGAGGAGCCAGCUGGUUCUGGGGAUAACUCUGGCUCUGUUUGGCAUGAUUGGAAUCACUGCAGUCUUUCUGCAUUAUUUCAGGCUCUUGAAGAAAGCAGAAGGAACUGCUGCCCCAGAUCCUGCCAGGGGUCCUUUCUUCCCAGGAACUCCAGAAGCUGUUAAGGCUUCCUCAUCACAAGACCUGGAGUCUUGUCCAGUGUAUGCCAAUGUGAAUCCUCAAGAUACAGAGAGUGGAGAUGUGCUCUAUUCUGUGGUAUUUUCCAGGAAACAGAGAAAGAAAACCCUCUCCAAAGACCCAUCCCUGAGUGAAGAGGACUCCUCUGUCAUCUAUUCUAGCUUGGUAUUGCCACAGAACCAGAAACUCUCACCUGGGAAAGGCUAUAAAUACAGGAGAUCUCAGGCCCCCAGGCAGAUAAGGCCCAGGCACAUACAAGAAAGGAUGACAAUUCUACCCUGGUGCUCCCUGAUUCUUCCCCACCACCCAUCUUCCAGCUUGGGAUGCCCCUCAGAGAGACUAGAAAAAGACCACCUCCAACAAGGGAGCCCCUCUCCUUCAACCCAGAAGAUGAAACUGAACCUUUCUUCCCUCUGUAAAGAGUGAAGGAGCCCCUGGGUACUCACCCAGGUCAGCACCAAAGACUGAACAUAGUAGACUUCCCAAAACGUAAUCAAGCAACAAGAGCUGAGAAUGGCGCAUGGCAAUUUUAUUGAACAACGUGGAAGUAAUGUAUCUUCUUCCACUCUAGUUAGGAGCCUGUCUUAUGUGCUUCUCUCUCUCUGUAUCUGUAUUGGGUGCCGGUAUUUGGCCCUGGGUGUUAUUACCCCACCCUGAAGUUUAGCCAGACAAGAUUAGAUGAUGUUCUAAUUUGCAAGAUGGAAAGUUGCUCAGAUCAGUACUCAUUGGAGAAGAGUUCUAGAGGUGAUUCUGGUACCUAGAAAAGCAACAUGGUAUUGUGGGAAAAGCGCUUCAAGUCAGAAGACCUGGGUUGGAUUCCUAGGUCUGCCGUUAGCUAUGUGACCAUAGGCAAUAAUAGUAACUCAUAGAGAGGGUGUCUGUCUUCUCCCAAGUCCAUACCCCCAUGAUGAGAGAAGAGUACGUAGUCCUUCAUCCAUAGUUCCUGAAGAGUCUCUGAGUUUUGACCGGAUGACUGAUCCUGCAGAAUGUGAGUCAGACAUUGAGUUUUAACUGUGUUCUGCCGGGUACAUUCUUUUGUCCACCCAAAUUGCAUUUCCCAGGAUUCUUGGGUUCAAAGUAAUUUGUGUACUGUUUGACAAUUUCCAGAGUCCAGGAGAGCAACAUGUUCCCAGUCACUUUGUAAUUAUUUUAUUAUCCAUUGUUUUGUCAUUAUUAUGUACUGUUUAAUUUGCUUUUUGAUUCUGUGCCAAGAAUAAAAGCAGUAUAUGUCCCAAACAAAAAAAAUAAUAAUAAAAACAUUUACAUAGUUA